CUGUUGUGUGCAGUGGGGCCUGGGGCCAGUCAGAGGCCAGAAUCGCACCCCGAGGGCAGAGGGCCGCCGGGCCCCUCUAGGAGGGAGCCAGGGAUUAGGCAGCUCCAUGUAGGUCCACGUUCGGCUUGGGAGGCCCCACCAUGAAGAAGGUCAAGAAGAAACGAUCAGAGGCCAAACGCCACCGGGACUCCAACUCACAGCAUGCCAGCUCCAACUCCACCCCGCAGCAGCCCAGCCUGGAGAACGUGCAGCAGCCGCAGCCACCGCAGCCGGCGCAGCAGCAGCCGCCGCAGCGCCCCGAGACCGCCCCUGCCCCGCAGCUGCCUCGCCCGGAGGCUGCCCCCCAGCAACCUCGCCCGGUGUCGGCUCCCCAGCAGCCCACAGCCCAGGCGCCUCCAGACCCCGAGAGCCGCCACUCCUCUGGGAGCCUGUUGUCUCCAGACAGUAACACAAAGGCAGCCCCGCACUCCCGGAAACCGAGCGGACAGCCUUCCAGCUCCAGCAGUUCCCGGAAGUCAGGGCAGCUGACUUAUUCGAGCCCGCGAUCCUGCCCCUGUGCUGCUUGCCCGGGCAGCUCUGCUUGCUGGCGACGUCUGGGGCUGUGCCACAGCCGCAUCUUCGAUGUCCUUCUGCCUCGAGACUGGCAGCUCGUGCCAGGGAGAGGAUGCCCAAGCCUCCUCACCUUCUACAGACGACCUUCACGAAAACACUCAUCCGGACAUCGUAACUCACGUGCUCCAUGCCCUCGGGACUGUGGCUGUGGCUCUGGGGGCCCUGGGAGCUGCCUACUACAUCGCUGAAUCCUUGUGAACAAGCCCCCAGGCCCUCGGUCCGGCAG